AUUAUUAUUAUUUUUUUAUUUUUUAUUUUAAUUUUAUAAACAGGGGUGGGGGGACGGAAAACGGUGAUUAUGGGAGAUCUGUGUAUAGUGCUUUGCGCUGCUGUGUGCUUCUGAAGAAACAAGACGACACCGUUUGCUCUUCAAACAGUUAUGAUGGCGGUGACAUCAUCGUGCAAAGACAGUUCGAAAAUGGGGUUAGACAAUGGCAAGUAUGUGAGGUACACACCGGAGCAGGUUGAGGCUUUAGAAAGGUUGUACCAUGAUUGUCCUAAACCGAGUUCGCUUCGAAGGCAGCAACUUAUUCGAGAAUGCCCCAUCCUCUCCAACAUCGAGCCUAAGCAGAUCAAAGUUUGGUUUCAAAACCGAAGAUGCAGGGAAAAACAGAGGAAAGAGGCGUCGCGCCUUCAAGCUGUGAACAGGAAGCUGAGUGCGAUGAAUAAGUUGUUGAUGGAGGAAAACGAUCGUUUGCAGAAGCAAGUUUCUCAUUUGGUGUACGAGAACAGUUAUUUCCGACAACAGACUCAAAAUACAACGCUAGCCUCAACCGAUAAUAGUUGUGAAUCGGUGGUAACAAGUGGUCAACACCACUUGACUCCUCAAAAUCCUCCGAGGGAUGCAAGUCCUGCAGGACUUUUGUCCAUUGCAGAGGAAACUUUAACAGAGUUUCUAUCUAAGGCUACUGGAACUGCUGUGGAGUGGGUCCAAAUGCCUGGGAUGAAGCCUGGUCCGGAUUCCAUUGGAAUCAUUGCAAUUUCACAUGGCUGCACUGGUGUUGCAUCACGUGCAUGCGGCCUCGUGGGAUUAGAACCUACAAGAGUUGCCGAAAUCCUUAAAGAUCGGCCUUCAUGGUACCGUGAUUGCCGAGCUGUGGAUGUUCUGAAUGUCUUGUCGACUGGGAAUGGUGGAACUAUUGAAUUGCUUUACAUGCAGCUAUAUGCGCCGACUACUUUAGCUCCCGCUCGUGACUUUUGGUUACUACGCUACACUUCUGUUAUGGAGGAUGGCAGCCUUGUGGUAUGUGAAAGAUCACUGAACAAUACUCAGAACGGUCCCAGCAUGCCACCUGUGCAGAAUUUCGUACGAGCAGAAAUGCUUCCAAGUGGAUACCUAGUUAGACCUUGCGAAGGCGGUGGUUCGAUUAUUCAUAUCGUUGAUCACAUUGAUUUAGAGCCUUGGAGUGUGCCCGAAGUGUUACGCCCACUAUACGAAUCAUCAAUGCUUCUCUCUCAGAGGACAACAUUAGCGGCUUUGCGCCAGCUCAGGCAAAUCUCUCUAGAAAUUACUCAGCCUAAUGUGACUGGUUGGGGGAGAAGACCCGCAGCUUUGCGGGCCCUCGGUCAAAGAUUGAGCAGAGGCUUCAACGAGGCUGUAAAUGGGUUCGCAGACGAGGGCUGGUCAAUGAUAGAAAGUGACGGCAUCGAUGAUGUCACCGUUCACGUGAACACUUCUCCGGGAAAAUUAAUGGGAACUAUUCAAACCUACGCAAACGGAUUUCCUUCUAUGAGCAAUGCCGUGCUGUGUGCUAAAGCAUCCAUGUUGUUGAAAAAUGUUCCUCCGGCUAUACUGUUGAGGUUUCUAAGGGAGCACCGAUCGGAGUGGGCCGACAGCGGUGUAGAUGCUUAUGCCGCCGCUGCUGUCAAAGCGGGCCCGUCUAGUUUGCCCGUUUCUCGAGGUGGAUGUUUCGGUGGGCAGGUUAUUCUUCCCUUGUCUCAAACUAUUGAGAAUGAAGAGUUCAUGGAAGUGAUUAGGCUGGAAAAUAUGGCUCAGUAUCGAGACGACGUAAUUAUGCCUAGCGAUAUCUUCCUCUUGCAAGUGUGUAAUGGGGUGGAUGAAAAUGCCAUGGGCACAUGUGCCGAGCUUAUAUUUGCUCCGAUAGACGCUUCUUUUUCCGACGACGCACCCCUUCUUCCAUCCGGUUUUCGUAUUAUUCCUCUCGAUUCAAAAUCAGAUGCAUCUAGUCCAAAUCGAACGUUGGACCUAGCAUCGACACUCGAAGUCGGACCGAACAACAAACAGUGUGGCGAUAGGAAUAAUGGAUCCGUAAAAUCGGUGAUGACAAUAGCAUUUCAAUUUGCAUUCGAGAUUCAUCUUCAAGAAAGUGUGGCUGUUAUGGCUAGGCAAUACGUACGAAGCAUUAUUUCGUCUGUUCAGAGAGUGGCGUUAGCACUUUCCCCUUCUCCGAUUGGUUCUCACGUUAGCUUAAGGCCUCAACAUAGUGCUCCUGAAGGGCAGACUCUCGCCCGUUGGAUCUGCCAAAGCUAUAGAUUUUUCUUGGGUGUGGAUCUACUGAAAACCGUAGCUGAAGAAAGCGAUUCUCUUCUUAAAACACUUUGGCAACACUCCGAUGCUGUGCUCUGUUGUUCAUUAAAGGAAUUGCCGGUUUUCACGUUCGCAAAUCAGGCAGGGCUCGAUAUGCUCGAGACAACCUUAAUUGCACUUCAGGACAUCACGCUCGAGAAAAUAUUCAACGACAACGGAAGAAAGACACUAUUUGCCGAGCUCCCACAGAUCAUGCAGCAGGGUUUUGGGUAUUUGGAAGGCGGAGUGUGCAUGUCGAGUAUGGGGAGACCGAUUUCGUACGAGAGAGCAGUCGCCUGGAAGGUGAUGAACGAAGAUGAAGAUGUACACUGCCUCUGCUUCAUGUUUAGCAAUUGGUCUUUUGUUUGAAUUAAGAAGAAAGAAUUUCCAGAUAAAUUAAACCUAAAUUAAAACAUCAUAUUUUGACCUCUUUUUUGUAUGAAUUGACCACUGUCUUCAUUUCUCUUUACUUUGUACUGUGUCUGAAUUUCUAAGUUAAUUAUCCUUAAUUUAUGCUAAACAACUGUUUUUUUUUCUCA